AUGCUCAGGCCCCAGCACACCUCACCACUAACUUUCAACUGCGCCCAAAGUACUCUUGAAUCCUACACUUGCUCCACCUGCGACUUUCGAACAAACUUUAACGUACUUCUACGACAACACAUUGAACGCUCCCACGGCACUACCCCCGAAUCCACCGCCUACUCCAUCCGAACCUUCAAAUGCAAAAAGUGCGAGUUCGAGACCUACUUCCCACUCAAGUGGCUCAAGCACGCCACCGAUUCCUCCAAACACCCAGACCAGAAAAGGUUCAACUGCGACUAUUGCCCCUACAGCACCAACUACAAGAAUACCUUCCAGCAACACAACAUCUUCAAACACAAAAAGGACGACGAAAUCAAGUGGUUCCAGUGCGACGAGUGUCCUUACAAGGCCAAAACGAAAGCCCUCCAUCGCAAACACAAGAAAAACAUGCACUUGAACAAAAGCAAGGACUUGAAGGAGUUCCAAUGCGACAAGUGCUCGUUUAAGACCGAUCACGUGGGGUAUUUGAAGCGGCACCAGCACUAUAAACACCCGAACGACACCAAGUGGUUUGAAUGUGAUAAGUGUUCGUUUCGAACGAAGGUGGACCAUUGUUUGAAGACGCAUCUGUUGACGAAACACACGUCAGAAAACGAGACGAAGUUGUACAGUUGCGAGCAGUGCGCGUACACUACGAACUUCCGGCGGCAGUUGAACGAACACACGGUGAAUACACAUAAGACGGAAAGUGAGGUUAGGUGGUACAAGUGCGACAAAUGCGAGUAUAGAACGAAGGUGAAAACGGAGAUAAAGCAGCACAAGUUGAGUCAUGUGAAACCCCAGCAGUUCAAGUGUGACGAAUGCUCGUUUAAAACACAAUAUUUGGGGUACAUGAGGAUGCACAAGCUGUAUAAACAUACUAUCGAAGAUAAGUGGUUUGAGUGUGCACAGUGUGCGUUCAAAACACGAGUGGGGCACUUUUUGCAAACACACAUCAUGACCAUACAUAAGUCAGACGAAGACAGUAAAACUUUCGCAUGCGAGUACUGUCCGUAUGUCUCAAAGUAUAGGACGUGUCUGCGACAACAUGUAAUAUAUAAGCACAAAGCCGAUGAUGAGAUUAAGUGGUUUGAGUGUGACCAGUGCCCCUAUAAAGCUAAGACGAAGAGUAUUCUUAAACAGCACUUCCAAAGUAAGCAUUUGUUGCUUCCGCAGUUCGACUGUGAGAAAUGCGGUGCCAAAUUCAAAUCAAAACACCAACUUUACUACCACAUGAAGGUUAAACACGAAAAUGUGGUACUCACAUGUGACCACUGCCCCUUCUCCACUAACCGAAAGUACAAUUUAAAAAAACAUAUAGCUGAAAAUCAUUUACCACCCACCGAAGUCCAAUGGUUCGAAUGUGAGUUGUGCCCAUACAAAACGAAACGAAAAACCUACCUCAAUGCCCACAAAAUGACCAAACAUGCUAUAGACGAUGAUAUAAAUUGGCACAGGUGUGAAGUUUGUGGUUAUCAAACUACAAGAAAAGACGAUUUGAGGUCUCACACUAUUAAUAAGCACGUACCUGAAGAACACAUUAAAUGGUAUGAAUGUGACCUUUGUUCUUAUAAAGCUAAGCAAAAGUGGGGUUUACAACAACACAAGAGAAAUAAACAUGCACAGUAUAUGAAGUGUUUCGAGUGUGAUCAGUGCAGUUUUGUUACGAAAUGUAAGACUUACUUGAAGCUGCAUAAAAAUAAUAAACAUUUAGGAGAUGAUGAGAUCCAGUGGUACUUGUGUGAAGAGUGUGCUUAUAGAUCGAAAACUAUGAGUGGAUUAAGGGGGCAUCAGUUGCGCAAACACGCCAAAGUGGAUGAAGGGUGUUAA